AUGAGUACCACCGGCAUGAGCAUGAGGGGCAAGAUCUUUCAGAUCAUCUUCUAUGAGGAGAGGAACUUCCAGGGGCGCUCCUACGAGUGCAUGAGUGACUGCGCCGACAUGUCCUCCUACCUGAGCAGGUGUCACUCCUGCAGGGUGGAGAGCGGCUGCUUCAUGGUCUACGACCGCCCAAACUACAUGGGCAACCAGUGGUUCAUGAGGAGAGGCGAGUACCCUGACUACAUGAACAUGAUGGGAUGGAGUGGUGCUAUCAGGUCUUGCAGGAUGAUUCCCAUGUACAGAGGCCAGUUCAGGAUGAGGAUCUAUGAGAGGGAGAACUUUGGUGGCCAGAUGUACGAGCUGAUGGACGACUGCGACAACAUGAUGGACCGUUACCGCAUGUCGGACUGCAUGUCCUGCCACGUGAUGGACGGCCACUGGCUGAUGUACGAGCAGCCCCACUACAGAGGCAGGAUGAUGUACUUCAGACCUGGAGAGUACCGGAGCUUCAGGGACAUGGGCUGGAGCGGCUCCAGGUUCAUGAGCAUGAGGCGCAUCAUGGACUCUUACUACUAAAUUUUAGAAAAGUGGUUUUGGAAUUCAUGAAAUACAAAAAAUUAAAGCAUUUCUUGUAGCAUUU